AUGCUGCCUGGCAUGGUGCUCUCCAGAAUGUCCUGGAUGCUGCUUUCCUGCCUGAUGCUCCUGUCUCAGGUGCAAGGCGAACACACUCAGAAAGAAGCAGCUUCUCCACGCAUCAGUUGCCCCACGGGCUCCCAGGCCUAUGGAUCCUACUGUUAUGCCUUGUUUAAAAUUCCCAAAUCCUGGUUUGAUGCAGAUCUGGCCUGCCAGAAGCGGCCCUCAGGACACCUCGUGUCUGUGCUCAGUGCAGCCGAGGCGUCUUUUGUGUCUUCCCUAGUGAAGAGGAGUGCAAUCAGCUACCAAUACGUCUGGAUUGGGCUUCAUGACCCCACUCUGGGCCAAGAACCCAAUGGAGGUGGAUGGGAAUGGAGUAAUGCUGAUGUGAUGAAUUACUUCAACUGGGAGAGGAAUCCUUCCAUUGCCUCAGACCCCGGUUACUGUGGAACUGUGUCAUAUGCCUCAGGAUUUCUGAAGUGGAGAGAUUACUAUUGUAACAAGGAGUUACCCUAUGUCUGCAAGUUCAAAGGCUAGAGCAAGG